AUGGAAUGGUGCAAUAAAAAUACUUCAAUUAAAUACUUAUUCAAGUAUAUAAACAACGGUUCUGAUAGAAUUUUAGAUGUUAUUGUACCUUCUGAAACAACCAACAAAGUUGAUGAAAACAACAUUGAUGAGAUCAAACAGUAUCUAGAUUGUAGAUAUAUUUCCCCAAGUGAAGCAUGCUGGAGGAUAUUGUCAUAUUCAAUACAUGGAAGGAAACCUAUUAUAGAGAGGUUGUUCUUUCACAUGGAAGGCAAAAAAAUUGUUUACUACAAAGAUUAUGAGAAAAUUAGUAAUGUUUUGACUAAGGCAAGUGUUACAGAAUCCAUGUUUACAACUUGGUUUAAGGCGAACAAAAAAUUUGAAGAGGUCAAGUUGCUUACUUAUGGAAAAUUUGUUUCAAAAAGUUUCUAUGUUAAGAAAACCAGGUCUUGGAAGCCACGAAAGAGAGGAUACACCAUUGGUCGACUAACUUGGUUUCCACAUAGUACGGGAGAGUUGUAUUAUCUACCUAUGGUGUUAACCAUAAAGAAAUGUCCAAUAAGCUACAAUGACAUUAAAAAGGUUGAUGGUUUCCAACACGAUACCUUUUGA